AAUUCAAUUUAGUGCUUUCUUAUGGAAUGGGGUAAUGUUAAAAAUGGGUCUCACCACUAAUUCUGCUCCAGACAAGAGUCUGCACACAAAUCCUGCCUGGAAACUAUUUCCUUGCAUGAAAAGUUUGACCCAAAUAAUUUCUGAGGUGAAUAUAAAGCACAGCUUCCCCUGGAUAUCUAAUUCCUUCUUUCUCUCCUGCAGCUGGAGAUCCAUCAUUGACCAUCUCCUCACACAUGAGAAAACCAUGUUUAAGGAUUUGAUGACCAUGCAGAGCAGUGCCCUGAAGCUGUACCCCAGCUUUGAGCAGAAGGCGAUGCUGCUGAAGCGCCAGGCGUUCGCUGUCUUCAGCGGGGAGCUCGACCAGUACCACCUGUACCUGCCCCUGAUCCAAGAACGUCUGACUGAGAAUCUCCGUGUGGGUCAGACCUCUCUGGUGGCUGCCCAGAUGUUUCUCUUCUUUAGAGUUCUUUUAUUGAGGAUUUCCCCUCAACAUCUCACCUCCCUGUGGCCAAUCAUGGUCACAGAACUGAUCCAGACAUUUCUACAGCUGGAGGAAGAUUUAACUGAGGAAGAGGAACCAGCAAAGAGCAACAGCAAAAUCAGCAAAGGCAAAAGCUCAGGGGAUGGCAGUGGGGCUGAAAUCCAGCCCAACGAGCUGUGCCUGUACCUGGCAGCCUGCAAAUUCCUGGACACAGCCCUUUCCUUCCCCCCUGACAGGAUGCAGCUCUUCCAAAUGUACAAAUGGGCCUUUGUACCAGAGGUGGACACAGAAUCUUCUCCUGUCACCUCUCACCUGGUGGAAAAUCACCAGGAAUGCCAACCACACAUCGUGAGGAUCAUGGAUCUGCUCAAGAUGAAAUAUGGGGACCCAAAACACCUCGAAGGAAUUCCCAGGAAUCCCAAAUUCCCCUUGCUGAGCUUUCACUCCGUGUCCAGCAUCACUCAGCUGAUUCCUUUUUUCCAGACUCUGUGCUGGGCAUUCACAGCCCAUGGCAAUAAUUCCCAAAAUUCCCAGCCCUGUGCAGCUGCUUCCAUGGAUUCUCCUGGCACCAACAGCAUCAGGAUCCUGCAGCAGCUGGAGGACAGCGUGGAAUGGGAUUUUCUGGAAAAUCUGGAAACCUGAGCCUCACCUGAGACCACCUGGAUCAACAGCAAACAGGGAAAGCUUGGCUGAAAUUCCCUUUUUUUUUUUUUUUUUUUUUUUCCCCCAGAUUUUCAGCUGCAUAUUUUGGGAUUUCUCCCUGCUGUUGCAGAGUGUUCUUCAAUUAUUCAGGAGCUGGUGGGGGGGAAAAAAAAGGGCAGUUUGGUGGGAAUUUCUCAGAAUUCCUGUGUUUUAUUUGUUUUCCAUGAGGAUUAAAGACAUUUUGUAAAUAAGGGAAGAAUAUUUUGGAUUUGAUGCAAGUAGCAGCUGCCCUGGGAUUUCUCCAGUAUUUUAAAGUGCUUUUGGACCUGUGUCCUGAAGGCAAAUUGAAGGCAAAUCCAAUGUUGCAUGUCAGUGUACAAUCAGUUUGCAGUGAGUCAUUUCCUGAGGUGAAAGCCCCUUAAUUUGGCCCAAAUUGAUCAAAUUCUGAACAAAUCCUCCAAAUUCCUCACAGAUGGAUUUUCUAAAUCUCAGCCUUGUGCAAAGAGCUGCAGCUUUGCCCUGGCUGUAAUUUCAGCUCUGUGCUAGAACAGUAUUCUUCAGGCUCAGCAUUUCCUAAUAAAUCAGAAAUGUGCAUAAAACACAAAGUUAUGCCAGGAGCAUUUUGUAAUUAGCAUUACUUGAGGGGGGGGGGUUGGUUUUAAUUAAUCGAUUAAAAGAUUUGAAUUCAUAUUUUUUAAAUUAAAAGCUUUCAUUCUUUCAGUGACUCAGGUGGCUGCAGCUUCUGAAAUGCAACUAAAUGGAGAUAAUGCUGUAAAAAUAGAAACUGCUUAACUAAAACGAAAAUAAGUUUUUUUACAGAACAUUUUUUUUUUGUACAAAAGAAUGUAUUUGGCUGUUCCUGGAUGGUGAGAGAGGUAGGGGGAUCGUCCCAGUGCUUUUCCUAAAUUAAAAAAGACAUGGGAAAUGUUUGGUUGGGAGUCAGGCAUUUCUUUUUCCCAAACUCCCAUAACAAACGUGGGAGGCUUCUCUGCAUUGGGUUUUAGGUAGAGAUGGAUGAGAUUUUCAUCUUGGAUUUAUAAACUAAAAUAAUGAAACAUCCUUUACUCUCAUACUGGAAUACUGUACAAAAAUAAUACCACAAUAGGCUUGUGCUAAAUGUAUUUAAAUCCUUUUGUAUUUUUACAGUGAAGGAAAGUGGUGGACUGAGGUGUAGUCAUUGAGAAUGGGAAUUAUUUCUAUUCAUAUAAUUUAUUAAUGGUCUCUAAUGCUGUUGGAAUGAGCACAAGUGAAAAGUUACCCUUUGAAAGCAUUACUUGAAUAUUGGAGCAGGCCACUUUUUAAAAUGUUAGUGUUCAUUUCCUGCCUAUCUUCAACAAUUUUUAUGGAUAAUCUGAAUACUCAGGAUGCUUUGGUAUUUUUACUUUCAGUUUCCUGCUGGUUGCAUUUCAUACUUGGGUAUUUCCCUUAAAAAUGCUGAGAAAGGAGAGUAGGGUUAGAUGGGAUGUUGGGAAGGAAUUCCUGGCUGUGAGGGUGAGGAGGGGCUGGGAUGGAAUUCCCAGAGCAGCUGUGGCUGCCCCUGGAUCCCAAGGCCAGGUUGGACAUUGGCACAGUGGGAGGUGUCCCUGCCAUGGCAAGGGUGGCACUGGAUGGGAUUUAAGGUCCUUUCCAACCCAAACCAUUCCAGGAUUCCAUGAUUCUGUUAUUCCAUGAUUUUAUCAAAUGGCUGUUAAAAUCUAAGACACCUUUUUGCCCCUAAACUGCUUUCAGUGGCCUCAGGCAUUUUAAGGCAUAAUCCUUCCACUUUAGAAGAAAAAGUUCUUUAAAAUACAGUAUCCAAGCAGAUCUUUUAUAAUUUUAAAUAACAUGAAAAAGGAGGGAAGGGCUUUAACUAAAAGUCCUGCUUGAGUGCUGGAGGGGGACAGUUCCACAGGCCCAAAGGGGAAUAUUUUAUUCUUUUAUUCCAUAAUUUUAUUACUUUUCCAUGUGGGACUAACUGUGAUGGUUUUCUCCUUAUGCUCCCACUGAUAAAUCCACUGAGGAACCACUGAGGGCUGUUCUGCUCUAAACUGCUCUUACCAAAGCAGAACAACCUCACUGUCCAUGAAUCUGGAAAUGUUUUUGCCUGGAACUCCAGACAUUUUCUCCUUUUCCAGGAGAGGAAAUGCUUUUGCUUUGCAGUGUUUUUGCUUUUCAGUCUAACCAAGCUCAGCUUUAUCUUGGACACUUCAGCUCCAAUACAGCAGAGCCACAGUGCACAGAGGGAGACACUGAAAUAUUCCAAAGGAUUUCAUUUUCCUGAAAGAAAAAAUUAGGAGGUGCAACCAAGGGAAACUGCUGAAGAGCAGCAGGACUUGAAGUGUAGAGCAUUAAGUGAUGAUUGUGUAUCCCAUACAUGAAUGUAAUUCUUCUAAUAAUAUUAAAUGUUAUUUUGCAAUACCUUUUCAAA